AUGGUUUCCUCGGGACCGUCAUAUGAGCUCGUCGCCUCCGCCGAAUCCACAGACGACCUUCGCCAUUCGUCGACACCUUCACCACAGCGCCGACGUCAUCCACUUCUAAGACAUAUCGCGCUAGCAGCUGCAUUCGUCGUCCUCGCGAUCGCUUCAUACAGCUUGGGAGAGUGGAAAGGACGCGCAUCUGCUCUGAGCAAGAAGCCCUCGAAUCUCGCAACUCCUACGUAUUUCUCAAAGGUUAUCGACAAAGAUAUCGCGACUCCGACUCUGACUCUGGGAACGAGUGACCCUGACAGGACCAUGGCCGGAAAGUAUAGCGUUGGAUACUUUGUGAAUUGGGGUAUCUACGGUCGAAAAUUUCCCCCCUCCGAGAUUCCGGUGCAGGAUCUCACGCAUAUCCUGUACGCGUUCGCGAACGUCAAACCAGACACCGGCGAGGUCGUGCUCUCCGACCUUUGGGCGGACCAGGAUAUUCACUAUCCCGGGGACUCUUGGAACGAUCCCGGCACCAAUCUUUAUGGAAACUUGAAGGCGAUCUACCUGCUGAAGAAGCAGAAUCGCCAUCUGAAAUUGCUGCUCUCCAUCGGUGGAUGGACCUACUCUCCUUCUUUCCAUCCCGUUGUCGAGAGUUCUGCCUUGCGUGCGGGAUUCGUUCGCUCGUCCGUGCAGAUUCUGGAGGACUACGGUCUCGACGGCCUAGACAUUGACUAUGAGUAUCCUCAGAAUCCUGCCCAGGCCCGUGGAUACGUCGAAUUGCUCAAAGAGCUUCGCGCAGCGUUGGACGAGCACUCCCGGCAAAAGAACACGGAUUACCGUUUCUUGCUUACGAUCGCUGCUCCCUGCGGGCCGGAUAACUACCAAAAACUCCACGUUCGAGAGAUGGACCAGUCUCUGGACUUCUGGAACAUGAUGGCGUACGAUUUUGCUGGCUCAUGGGAUAAAAUUGCAAACCAUCAAGCGAACGUCUUUGGCGGACCCAUCAGCGCGUCUCAAGCUAUCAACUGGUACAUCUCCCAGGGUGUUCCGCGUCAGAAGAUAAUCAUGGGCAUCCCGCUUUACGGACGUUCAUUCCUUGACACGCAAGGACCCGGCACUCCGUUUAACGGGCUUGGGCAAGGAAGCUGGGAGUCAGGCGUCUACGAUUAUCGCGUUCUGCCGUUGCCGGGAGCCCAUGUUUUUCGUGACGAGAAGUUGCUCGCCAGCUGGUCGUUCGACUACGGUACUCGCGAGAUGAUUAGCUACGACGAUGAGGCUGUUGGAAACUGGAAGGGUGGGUGGAUCGCGCAAGAGGGCCUGGGAGGGUCCAUGUACUGGGAACUCAGUGGAGAUAAACAGGGGAAGCGGGAAGGUAUGGAAGGGGGGCCGGGCAAGGAACCUCAACCUGGUCUGAGCCUGGUGGGUAUUGUGAAAGAUGCUAUGGGCGGCAUAGAUCUGCGCCAGCAGAAUUGGCUACGAUACGAGGGUAGCAAGUUUGAAAAUAUGAGAAACGGCAUGUCAUAG